AUGGAGCUGUCAGAGAUCGAGAAGUUGCGCGAAGAAACUGGCCGCUCCUUUCGUCUUCAAGCCUCAGCAUCCGUGGAUAUGUGGCUCUGCAUGAAGCGGGCCAAGGUCGACAAGCAUGCCAAAAGGGCUUACAAUGUCGGUCGUGCCAAGGUCGCUGAAGUCGGCAAAGUCCUCCAAGACCAUGCUAACCUUGUUAAGGACAAGGAGGCCCUCGAAUGGCAAGUGAAGGCAGCUGAAGACAAGCUUACCGAAAUGAGGGAAACGUUGGAGGCUAUGGUAGCAAUUACCAAGGAGUCCGAGGCGGCUACAAAUAGAGUCCAAGUGGUCCUUGAGGAGGUUGAACGGUCUCAGAUGGCUGAGAUUGAGGUUCCGGUGAAGGAGGUGGUUAGACAAUACUGCUUGUCAAAAGAGUUAACCUUCCUUCUAGACAAGGAGGUGGGUUGA